AUGGCUGCCCCAGAGCCUCUGGCCAAAGAGCUACAAGAAGCCACUCGCUUCACGCGUUUCAGCGCGCUGCCGCCCGAGCUACGGCACAUGAUCUGGGCCUUCGCACUCCCGCCCGACACCCAAGAACUGCACAUCCUCCAAACGCCCAACCCCGCCGUCGCGAGCGCCUGGGUGCAAUCAGCGACAGCUACAAGUACCCCAGCUUCAAUCCCAAGCGCCCUAGGACCAGCGCCGGCCUUCCUGACUGUGCAAACCGGGUAUCCGGUCCUAAUGCAUGCAUCCCGCGAAGCGCGGCGCACAGCGCAGUCUCGCACCACUCUCACCUGGUCCGAAGAAGCGCGCUGCGCGAUCCCCACGCGUGCCUUCCGCCCCGACAUGGACAUCCUGUACAUGCCCUGGUUCAGCUUCCGAGGGUUCUUCCGCCAAGCCGAGACUUUUCCCUCCUACCGGGCGCUCACGCCGCAGCUGCGCCACGUUGCCAUCGACGCCGUGGUGACGGACUUCCCGGACAGGCUGGUCGACUCGUUCCGGUACCUGCGUAGCCUGCGGACGCUGCACGUCCUAUUUGGGAGUGCGACGGGGCCGUUCCGGGUGGAGGAGGCGCUGAGAUUCAGGAGGAGGGAGGUUUGGGCUCAGGCCGUUUACGCGGACGGAGAUGCAGGGUAUGUGUUUGAGGAGGCGAGGCAAGAGACGGAGUCGAUGCUUCUGGUGGCGGGUGAGAAUGGUGGUAACGGUCCUGGAGAUGGCGACGGCGAUGAUGAUGACCAUGGACUUCCUGGUGGUAUAGGCGUCUGGGAUCCUGACAGGCGAACUCUGAAAUUGGACAUCGUGGCCGAUGUUUUCACGGAGUACUGCGCUUCGGCCGAAGGCUCACCCUGGGUCGAGAAGGGUAAAGAAAGCAUGACGGAUCUUGCGACGAGCAUGGAAUGGAACACCGGGCGGGGAUGA